AGCCGCUGCCCAGGAUUGUCUCUCUUAGAUCAGGUGCAGGGUUGCAAGUAUUUCUCAAAGAUGGAUUUGAAGUCCGGUUAUCAUCAGAUAGAGGUCCAUCCUGAUGAUCAGUACAAGACUGCAAUCCGGACUAGGUACGGACAUUACGAGUUUAUAGUGAUGCCCUUUGGACUGGCCAACGCGCCAGCCACAUUUCAGCGUUGCAUGAAUGAUCUGUUUAGACCUUGGUUGGAUAGGUUCGUCGUAGUCUACUUAGAUGACAUCCUAGUAUUCAGUAGGACCCUCCAGGAGCACCAGGGUCAUUUGAGGCAGGUCUUGGAGAAGCUCAGGGAAGCUAACUUCAAGAUUAACGCAAAGAAGUGCGAGUGGGCCAAGACACAAGUCCUGUACUUGGGCCACGUGUUAGAUGGAGAUGGCAUUAAGCCAGCGGACAGCAAGAUAGCGGCAAUUAGAGACUGGCCGACGCCCCGCACAUUGACAGAAUUGCGGUCGUUCUUAGGCCUAGCUAACUACUAUAGAAAGUUUGUGAGGAACUUUUCUACUAUCGCCGCUCCUUUGCGCAGGUUGCUUAAGAAAGAGGCAAUCUGGCAAUGGGAUAAAGAUUGUACGUCUGCGCUUAAGAAGUUAAAGCGCGCGUUAAUAGAGUACCCUGUCCUCAAAGUAGCAGAUCCGUCUUUGCCAUUUGUCGUCACCACGGACGCGAGUCAGUAUGGGAUAGGCGCCGUGUUACAGCAAGACGACGACAAUGGCUAUAAACCCGUAGAGUUCAUGUCAGCGAGGAUGCCCUCAGAGAAGGUUGCUACCUCGAUGUACGAGCGGGAACUCAAUGCUCUCAGGCAGGCUUUAGAGCACUGGAAGCAUUACCUGCUUGGGAGGCAUUUCAAAGUGUAUUCUGACCAUAAAACUCUUUGAUGGUUAAAGACCCAGGCCAAAAUGACACCUAAGUUGACUAGGUGGGCCGCUGAGAUAAACCAGUAUGACUUUG